AUGAAUAUCCGAGUUCGCAAGUUCGACAAAGACUGCAUGCCGGCGGACCAAAUCAACUAUUUCUGGAUGAACGAAGCGAAGGGCGAGGUCGAAGAGACGAAACUCGAACCGUACGCUCUUGCCAGCGUGAGCGCGUCGAGGGAGCAGCUGGAAGCUUACAUCGAGGCCAACGCGGUGAAGGGCUGGGAGGAGCAAGCCUAUCGAGGAGAUACCGACCAGCUGAUUUCGAAACACUACAAAGCGGCAUUGGAGUACUACAACGAUUGUGAUCAACAUCCCAUCGACCGGCGUCUAUUGCUGAACUUGUUCAAGUUCUGUUUCGCCCAGCAGUUCUUCGCCAGGAAUCAUGACACGCCCAUCAUGGAUCUAUAA